GACUUCUUAUGGAAUGCUUUCGUCACAACGCACCAGUCUUUCAGAAGGUGUUUAUUUUCCUUUAAGGUCUGGGAUGCUCAAAAGAUACAGCAAUUCCUCAAGCGGUAUUUGCUAAGACGGUCACUGAUUCCGAGAUCAGGCGGACAGACAGACAAACAGUAUUUAGUAUCCGUAGUGAACGGGAAUCCAAACUUAGUUGCAAGCAGAAUCACGGAUGAAACACAACUCAAUAAGCGGCAAUGCAGCCUUGGAGAAGGCUGA